GGAGCACGGAGCAGCCUGGCCAUGGAAAGGACUGUGAGAUGUUUGCUGCUAGUCUGUGCCUUCUGCCUGGCUGACUUUGAAGGCAACAAGAGGGAGCUGGCAAGCCCCUGGCGAGUGGCAGCCCUCCAUCUCAAGAGGAGCCCGAACGCCUGCCUGCCAAACCCUUGCCAGCACCAGGGGCACUGCCAGCUGAUGAAGGAUGGACCUGUUUGCAGCUGCAGACCGGGCUUCACAGGGACAUUCUGCCAAGAUGUGGUACUGAAGUUGACCUGUGAGGAAGGGAAGAUGAAGAUGAUGGUGAGGAAGGAGGUGUUUGACCUCCUGAAGAUCCCUAAGCAGCUUGUCCACUUGAGGAACCAGGCAUGCAAGGUCUCAGAAAUGGAAGAAGAGGGUGAGCUGUUUUUUGCAGCCACUCUCACAGGUGAAAACCACACUGCCUGUGGAUCAGUAGUUCAGCAAAACAGCUCCCACGUGUCAUACUCCAACGUCAUGGAGUCAGGGUGGGAUGCGCACGGGGCGGUGAUCCCUGAGAGUUUUCAGCUUGAGCUGAAUUUCUCCUGUGACUACCCCUACGAGCGAGUGGUGAGACUGCCCGCCAGUCCCACUGCUGCUGACAAGCCAGCGCAGUUUGAGGUCAGAGAAGGACACUUCAAUGUCAGCAUGAGACUGUACAAGACCCCCUCCUACCUCCAGCCCUAUCACCUGCCAGCUGAGGCCAUACCCGUCAAAGACACACUCUAUGUUCUGCUGGAGAUAGAAGGACAGCACCAGCUCACGUACUUCCUGCUGAGCGUUGAGGGCUGCUGGGCCACACCAAGCACGGAUCCCUACCAGGACGUGCAGCACAAGCUCAUUGAGGAGGGGUGUCCCCAUGAUGAGACAGUGACAUACCUGAACAGCUUUGGAGAGAGCACUACUGCCAAGUUCAGCUUCCAGAUGUUCCAGAUUGUUGGUUACACCGAGGUGUUCCUGCACUGCCGUGUCCAGCUCUGUCUCCCCAAUGGCCCAGAGCCCUGUGCCAAGCAAUGCCCUAGGCACUGGAGGAGCAAACAGGCACUGGCCAAUGACUACAGUAAGAUCGUCUCCUAUGGGCCAAUCUGCCUGCUGGGAAAAAAGACCCACCAUUCCAGGGAUGAGCAACAGGACCCGAAGGGACACAACUCGUGGCUCCCUGCGGCCCUCCUUGUGCUGUGUACUCUCACUUUGUUCCUUGUGGUUCUGGCGGCUGUUGGUGCGAGGCGUUGGCUGGUGUAGAAGGCAGAUGUUCCCAAAUGCUCCAUCACUGGCAGUGUUCAAGGCCAGGUUGGACAAAGUCUUUGGUGCCAUGGUCUAAUGUGAGGUGCCUCUGCCCAUGGCAGGGGGGUUGGAACUGGAUUAUCUUGAGGUCCUUUCCAACCCUAACUAUUCUAUGAUUCUAUGAAAUAAAUGUGACAGCAGCAGAGAGGCUCCUGCUUGUGAUGGUUGGAGUCAAAUAGCGCUUCAAGAAUGAGCCACAUCAGAGUGUUUUGGUUCCCUAUAGCAUCCCUGGGACCUUCUUAUCCCCU